AUGCACACCCGCGGCCUCUCGCGCUCCAGCCUCUCACCGCAACCACCAUCAGAGGAGCCCACACCCACGCUGUCCUCCUCGCAGUCUAUCGCGCGCAGGAUAAUGGACGCUACCCAGAAUAGGCUCGCUGGUGUAUCCAGGUCGGCGAGUUCGAACUCUACGCCUAAUACGGGCGCCUCGCCUCCGAGCAGUCCCCCGUCGCUGAAGAGCAGCAUUCUCCGCCGCGCUUCGAGGAGGGAUAAGGGCAAGGAGCGCGCCGGGCCAACCAGCGACGACGAGAGCGCAACACCUCAAGCAUUAAUGAACUCGGCCUUAGACGACCCUUUCAUCCGCCCGAGGUCGCCUCAUGAGGACAUGAGCCGGUCCACCGCCUUACGCGGGGAGAACACGAUCCGUGCGGGGACACAGACGCUCAUCCAGCUAUUGCAAGCGCUACCAUGGUCCCAAGGCGAAGACGACGAUGGCGGACUACCCUUUGAAUCGAUGCACCCCGCGGCAUUCCAAUCCCAAUCUCACACUUUCCAAUCUCCGCCGUCCUCCGCAUCUCGUCCCACGCAUUCGCGUUCUAGCUCUACCCAGUCAACACAAUCCCUGAGCCCUGCACCCGGACCGGAAGAUGUGAUGAGCGACGGCAGCGAGAGCGACGACGGCGCACCGGUGUCGCAUAUGUCGAGCAGUUUGCAUACGAUUCAUCGUCCGUUCCGCGGGAUACGCGAUCUUGCGAAGAGCGAGAGGUUGCCGCCUGUACCGGAUACGGACUCGGAGGCGGAGGAGACGGAGGGAGAGGACUUUGACGCCACGGCACAGGUUGAGGAGAUGUCGAAUUCGCCGGUGGAGAUGAACAGGGAGGAGGAAGUGGGAAGUAGGGAGAGGCCCGGUAGCGGCGUACCGGUGGAAGACUUGUUGCGGUCACGGGCAAUUCCAAGACGGCAGGACAGUUUGUCAACCGUGAAGACCGUUCGGCAUAGUCGGAGAGCAAAGUUGGCGGUCAAGCUUGCGGAGGUGUUCGAACUGGACGGCAUCACGGAGGUCGUUGCGGAGAUCCCUUGUUGGUUGAUGCGGGCGGCACUACUGCAGGGCCAUAUGUUCCUGACAGAUACAUAUCUGUGCUUCUUCGCCCAUAUACCGGCACGCUCAGACACGGCUAUCCGCAAGAGUGGCACUUUGAGCAAGAAGACGCAGCGAACCAAACGAUGGGUCCGUCGAUGGUUCGUGCUUAAGAACGACUCGCUGUGCUGGUACUCGUCCGCAAGCGAUCCCUACUUCCCACACGGCGUACUAGACUUGCGAUACACGAUCUCUGUCGAGCCCACAGGCGACAAGGGACUACGUGUACGCACGACCACACGAACAGCCAGCAUAUCAGCCGACUCGACCGUUUCUCGGGACGAGUGGGUGAAGGCUAUCCAUCUAGCCGUAUUCGAAGCGCAGAACAGCGGCGAGAGCGUGAAGAUCGCCAUCCCAUAUUCGGCGAUCGUUGACGUCGAUAUCGCUAGCCCGGCCGGACUCUCUGAGACGCUGGAGGUCAAGGUGCUCGAUACGUCUUUAGAUGCGUCGAAUGCGGAUGCGCUCGCGGUUGAUAGCUUCUUCUUCGCGUACUUUGCGAACGCGCAUGCGGCUAUGGAGCAGGUCCGAGGCGCAGUGGCAGCUGCUAGAGUGGCCGAACCGCGGUCGCAGGCGCAGUCGAGGAAGUUGGUUGACACUACCGUCUCGAAGACAAGCAGCCCACCAGCGAGCCCUGGUUCUAACAGGGACAUCGGCGGCGCUCGCGGAUCUGCGGGUGAUGCUGGAGGAACCCGUCCGAGCGCUUUCCGCUUCACUUCCUUGCUACGACCUUUCACGUCAUCUUCGCCGCCGUCCACCAUACCACCAAGCGUGUCGACCUCAACUUCACUCCCCACACCCGAACCGAUCCCGGAGACCGACUCUGAUGCCGAGCCGGACGAGUCGUUUACUCAUGUUCAGACUCGCGAAGGAUCGCGUUCGUUCGUGCCCAUUACGCUGUCGCCUCCGCCUUUACACCAGAAGCCGUCGUCUGAAUCUAUGACUCCUACUAUGCCCAGUAAAGGCCUCACCUAUCCACCCAGCACGGUGAAGGACAGCGCUCUCAGUUGGCUACCCACUCCCGCCUGGCUCCUCCGCACAGUACCGCGGCGCAUUCUCUCAUCCACAUCAAUACCCGCUGUAUCCACACCACCGCCCAGCGAAGAACCGCGCGUAGAGAAGGACAUGGUCUUCUCCAUCCUCGAAACGCCCUCCGCCGUAGCACCAGCCGAACUCGUCGACAAGUUCCGCACCACAUUCGCUCUAGACGCGCGCGAGACGUUGCUCGGCGUCUUCCCCGGGUUCCUCUUCCGCAUGCUCCCCGUCUACGGCCGGCUCUACAUCAGCGACAACUGGCUGUGCUUCAAGGCUGGCGGCUCGCUGGGAGCACGGACGAGGAUGAUGUUGCCGUUGAGGGAUAUCAUGGCCUGCGAGCUCGCGCCCGCGUUCAGCUUUGGGCAUCAUGGCCUUGCAGUCAUCGUCCGAGGACACGAGGAGCUGUUCUUGGAGUUCUCGGCGGCGGACCGGAGAGAACAGUUCAGGCUGCUGUUGGACAAGAGGCUCGAGGAGAUUCAGCGUGCGGGUCCGGUUCAUGCGCCUGUACCGUCGAGACCGGCGUUGCUUGAUGAGCUUGGACCGGGGAUCGCGCAGAGCGUAUUCGGUGUCGAGGGCGCGAAGAGCACGUUUGCGCAUGCGGAGGAGAGGGAGAGGGAGCUGAGCGAGGAUAGGGAUCGGGACAGCGAUGUGCCCGGCGUGAUGUUCGCUAGCUCGGGCAGCACGUUCCUCACGUUCAAACCGGAGAAGUCAUUGCACUUUACACUGCUCACUAUUGGGUCACGAGGGGACGUGCAGCCGUACAUUGCGCUUGCGAGGAGGUUGAUGGACGACGGGCAUAGGGUCAGGAUCGCGACGCAUGGGGAGUUCAAGGAUUGGGUUGAGAGCUUUGGGAUUGAGUAUGGGUAUGUGGGGGGAGACCCGGCGGAGUUGAUGAGGAUAUGUGUGGAGAAUGGGACGUUUACAAUCGCGUUCUUGAAGGAGGGGAUUCUCAAGUUCCGAGACUGGAUUGAGGACCUGCUCAAGACGAGUUGGAGCGCGUGCCAGGGCACGGAUGUGCUCGUGGAGAGCCCUAGUGCGAUGGCCGGAUACCAUAUAGCGGAGGCUCUGAGGAUACCCUAUUUCCGAGCCUUCACCAUGCCAUGGUCUCGCACUCGUGCUUACCCACACGCCUUCGCCGUACCCGAACGCAAGAUGGGCGGCGGAUACAACUACAUGACCUACGUCAUGUUCGACCAGGUCUUCUGGCGCGGUACCGCCGGCCAGAUCAACCGUUGGAGGCGUACCAUGCUCAACUUACCACCGACAAGUCUGGACCGGAUAGACCCUCACCGAAUUCCUUUCCUAUACAACUUCAGCCCUACAGUCGUACCCGUCCCGCUCGACUGGCCCGAGCAUAUCCGCAUCACCGGCUACUGGUUCCUCGACGACGCGGACGUCUCCGCGCGCAAGUGGACACCGCCGGCUCCACUCGAGGCCUUCCUUGCUCGCGCGCGCUCCGAGCAGAAGAGGGUCGUGUACAUUGGUUUUGGAAGCAUCGUCGUCAGCGACCCGCGGGCGCUCACUAGAGCGGUUGUGCAAGCCAUCGUGCAGAGCGGCGUGUAUGCGAUCCUUAGCAAGGGCUGGAGCGACCGUCUGAGCAAGGGCGCAGCCUCCGACACACCCGAGGAACCUCUUCCCGACUGCAUCUACCCCGUCAGUGCCGUCCCUCACGACUGGCUCUUCGCGCGCAUCGACGCGGCUUGCCAUCACGGAGGCGCUGGUACUACCGGUGCCAGUUUGCGCGCCGGAAUCCCGACGAUCGUGCGACCGUUCUUCGGCGAUCAGUUCUUCUGGGCGGAUCGGGUUGAGGCGCUUGGGAUGGGCGUCGCGUUGAGGGAGAAGGAGCUGUCGGCCGAGACGCUGGCUAGGGCGUUGCGUCAGGCUACGCAGGACGGGCGGAUGAUCGAGCGGGCGAGGAUGGUUGGCGAGCAGAUUCGCGCUGAGGACGGUGUUGGAAACGCCGUCGAGUCGCUGUAUCGCGAUAUGGAGCGUGCUCGCUCACUCUUCCCGCCACGCGACGAUGCGGAUGCUAUGCUUUCGCCCAAUGCACCUCCCAGCGAGGAUUGGAGCGUCAUCGGCGACCCCGAAGACCUCACACUGAGCUCGAGCUCCAGCCGCGCACGCUCGCGCAGUCGCUCUAAGCGCAAUAGUAUCACCAGCGCGAUGCUCAGCGUCAUCCCCGAUGCGCUGAGUAUUAGCGGGCGUCGACGUAGCCGGUCGCGAAGCAAUGCGAGCGCCUCGGGUACUGCCUGA